AUGCCGGAGCUAGGGAAUGAAAAACGGCCUCAGAUCUCGGAGAGUGAAUGGCAUAGCGAUGAUCUGCUAUUGGAGCGUUCGAGAGCCUCCUCAGAACCUAGUGCUGGGUAUAAAUCCGAGGCGGGUUCUUCCGGUGGCAGCACAGUCGAGAAGAUCCCGAGACUUUGGGUUCCGAGAGAUCUGCGGUACCCGUCUGGAAAAUGCAUACCUUUUAUGCUAUCCCUUCCGACCGCCCGCGCUGAUUCAGGAUCGGAUAUUGAGUCGGGGAUUGAAGUGCAGCUGGUGCGUGUCUCGACUAUUCAGACUCGUGCGGGCGUGGUCCAGCAAGCAAGUACCGUGUCUCGAGGACGCAUUCAGCCGAGCCGUGAUCAAGGACGGACUAGAACUCUGCGGGGUACGAUCGAUACUGGUAGUGCUGGGAAACACUUGAGCUGGAACUUUGAGUCGCUCAUAUCUAACGCUUAUGAAGUUAGAGCAACAAUUAACUCAUCUACUGCUGGAUUAGUAUGGAGGCUUAUCAAAGGAGUGGAGCUAACCACACAUGAAUGGAGUGGAGAGCGGGCAGGUCGUAUUCCAUCAAUUGAUUCGCCUGUAACCUCGCGAACAGGUGCUCACAUUGUGCGUGUUAAUUUCUAA